ACAGGCGAUUCAAUUUACAGCCCAUGAAACGUUGAGCCACCCAAUUCAUAAUUGAUAGCCCUAACGACGGUAUAACAGAAAAUUUUCAAUUUACAAUAAAGUUGGACUUCACUUGCUACAGUUCAAGCUUAAUCUACUAACCUUUUGUGUGUUUUUUUCUUUUUUCAACAAAGGGAGGAGAAAGACGAAGAUCAAGCUAGGCAAUCUUGAAUGUAAAAAGAUAUGGAAUCUCUUGAUUUUGCCUUUGCUCAUUCAUUGUGGGCCAAUCUCAAAUCAUCUUAUAUUGUAGUUCUACACACGAGCUGAAAGGUUCUCUUUUUUUCAAUUGACAUGGGAACGCGAGAGGUAUACGAAGAAAAAUUGAAGAGAGGGAAUCUCUAUCAUGAUCCUACAAUCAAACCUGGCCUCGGUUCUGCUAGAUGUCCUCGUUGUCUUUCUCUCUUGAACUCCAAUUCAAAAAGUGGAGAAUGGGUGAUUACUCCUGUUCUACAUGAUUUCACGGCUGUGGCUGGCUCUGGAAUUGGUGGACUGCUCAGUGCAAUUCAUGGUUUCAAUACAGGAAUUCCUUUUGUCCAGAGACACGUGAAGGGUCCAAAGUGGCUUCCAUUUGUUAUAGGGCUUCCUCCACUACUCAUGUUCUCUGCAGCUAGCGCGACAUUUGGAGAACGUACAUCAAACAUGUUAAAGAGCUGGGUAAGGAGAGCAGGUACCAAAAGCCAGAAGAGAUGGUGGAGGUCAUGUAUAUGGGGGUCAGUUUGGAAGGAAAGGCACAAUAGAUGUUUCGACAAUAGAUCCAAUUCCAUACACAAGGAUAUGCACUUCCAAGAUUUACUCAACUUACGAUGACUUCGUAUUACACUGCUUCAAGUGCCUCACAUUACGGAAUAUCAUUGCUUACCAGACGUAUUGAGGAGGCACAUACUUCUGGUGUUCAACCUAAAAGACUCAGCUGAUUGACUUGAGGUGCACAAAAUCAGAGCCAAACUUUACUUCAAAUUUUGCAACGAAUCGUAUAUAGUUGGAGCAAUUGUCAAUUCAAAAAAGCCAUGUUCAUUGCUUUGGUGACUUCUCUUUUGAUAAAAUAUAUAGUUUUUACUUUGUAAUUAGAGGAAUGUUUGAACUUGGAAGAAAAUAUGCUUAAUUUCUCAUAGUAUGAGGGUAUAUUUGGACCUUUUCCGAACAAUAUAUUGUAUUCCAGGGAUAAGUUUGUGUUAGUACUACGCAGAAGAUGCGUGAACUAAUCUUGCUUAGGGUGGGUGAAGAAAGGUAUCCAAUUGAAAUUGUUGCUCUUUUUUUUCUUUCUA